CCUGCUGCCGCCGCCGCCGCCGCUGCCGCCGCCGCCGCCGGGGCACAACCAUGGGAGGCGAGACCCCCUCACCGGUGCAGCUGAGCUCGAGGGCUUGCAGAAGACUGGGCAGUCUCCUCUGAAACGGAGGCGCCCCGAGGACCCCCUCCCUCCCCAAGGAAGAGAACUGGCGAAGCCACGGAUUUUCAUGGCGCAGGCCGCAGAGCCGCGAACGAAGACCGAAGGUUGCUUCCCAGCUCUUCCAGUCUCUAACUGUCUAGGUCCGGACCAUGAGAGAUGGUGUUGAGAAUUCGGCUGUACCCUGGCGCGCUGUGGAAGCCAUCUCCAAAUUAGCGAUCACAUAUGGAAACUGGAGACCAGAAUUUUAGGAAAAGAGAUUAAGGCAUCUCACUUGGGGGGGGUGGGGGGUGUCUUUUUAUUUAUUUUCCCUUUUUUAAAAAAAACCGCUGCAACUGGAACAGUUUUUUGAUCUCAAAAGCUUGAUGACCAUCGCUGUGGGAACCGACUAUUGGCUGUACUCCAGAGGGGUUUGCAAGACCAAAAGUGUCAGUGAGAAUGAAACCAGCAAAAAGAACGAGGAAGUUAUGACCCAUUCCGGAUUAUGGAGAACCUGCUGCCUCGAAGGGAACUUCAAAGGUCUGUGCAAGCAAAUCGACCACUUUCCGGAAGAUGCGGACUACGAAGCUGACACCGCAGAGUAUUUCCUCCGGGCCGUGAGGGCCUCGAGUAUCUUCCCGAUCCUGAGUGUGAUCCUGCUCUUCAUGGGUGGCCUCUGCAUCGCGGCAAGCGAGUUUUACAAGACACGCCACAACAUCAUCCUGAGCGCGGGCAUCUUCUUCGUGUCUGCAGGUCUGAGUAAUAUCAUCGGGAUCAUCGUGUAUAUAUCAGCCAAUGCUGGAGACCCCUCCAAGAGUGACUCCAAAAAGAACAGCUACUCCUACGGCUGGUCCUUCUACUUCGGGGCCCUGUCCUUCAUCAUCGCCGAGAUGGUCGGGGUGCUGGCCGUGCACAUGUUUAUCGACCGCCACAAACAGCUGCGGGCCACGGCCCGCGCCACCGACUACCUCCAGGCCUCCGCCAUCACCCGCAUCCCCAGCUACCGCUACCGCUACCAGCGCCGCAGCCGCUCCAGCUCGCGCUCCACCGAGCCCUCUCACUCCAGGGACGCCUCGCCCGUGGGCGUGAAGGGCUUCAAUACCCUGCCGUCCACGGAGAUCUCCAUGUACACUCUCAGUAGGGACCCCCUGAAGGCUGCCACCACGCCCACCGCCACCUACAACUCGGACAGGGAUAACAGCUUUCUCCAGGUUCACAACUGUAUCCAGAAGGACAGCAAGGACUCUCUCCACGCCAACACAGCCAACCGCCGGACCACGCCCGUAUGAAGACCGUGGGAUGGGGGACCCCCCCGGGAGGCUUGGCCCGCGGGCGGGGGGAGGGACCACAGCAGCCACGGGGAGACCUUCCAUACGCAAAAAUAACAACAACAAACAAACAAACAAACAAGCAAACGAA